AUGGAAACCAACAUCUCCCUCCCUCUGGAUGGAUCUGAAGAGGCAUCCCAUGAGUCUGCCGGCUACACUGCUCUGCACAUCCUCUCAUUGGUGGUACUUGGGGUCACUUUUGUGUUUGGGCUCCUGGGCAAUGGCCUUGUGAUCUGGGUGGCUGGAUUCCGAAUGACACACACGGUUACCACAAUCUCUUACCUGAACUUGGCUGUAGCUGACUUCUCCUUCAGUGCCAUCGUGCCAUUCCUCAUUGUCUCCAGGGCCAUGAAAGAUAAAUGGCCUUUUGGCUGGUUCCUGUGUAAGUUAGUUACCAUCAUGGGGGACAUCAACCUGUAUGGAAGCGUCUUCCUGAUUGCUUUCAUUGCUCUGGACCGUUGCAUCUGUGUUCUGCAUCCAGUCUGGGCCCAGAACCACCGCACACUAAGUUUGGCUAGGAAGGUGAUCACUGGACCCUGGAUUCUUGCUAUAAUCCUUACCUUGCCAACUUGCAUUUUACAGGGUACAGUCACUACUGUGGACAGGGAGACAUACUGUAUUCCCUACAUUGAAUACUGGGGUAACAGCACUGAAGAGGCUUUGGAGGUGGCCACUAUUGUGGGGAUGGUAGGAGGCACCAUCCGGUUUGUUGUUGGCUUUAUCACGCCAGGGUCCAUUGUUGCCAUCUGCUAUGGCCUCAUUGCUGCCAAGAUGCACAAAAAAGGCAUGAUAAAAUCCAGUCAUACAUUACGGGUCCUCACUGCUGUUGUGGCUUCUUUCUUCAUCUGUUGGUUUCCCUUUCAUCUGAUAACCCUUCUAAUCACAAUCUGGUCUGACAAGAUACUACUUUAUGGCAAAUAUAAAAUCCUUACCAUGCUGGUUUACCCGACCAGUGCCCUGGCCUUCUUCAACAGCUGCCUCAACCCGAUGCUCUAUGUCUUCAUGGGCCGGGACUUCCGAAAGACAAUGAUUCAAUCCCUGCCUACCAGUCUAGAGAAGGCUCUGAGCGAGGAUUCAGCCCUGACUGAGGACACAGCCACCAAUUCUGCUGUACCUCCUGCAGAGACUGAGUUACAGACAAUGUGA